CUAGGAGAAUUAACAAAGAAAUAAUAAAUAACGGAAGAUUAACAAAUCCAAAUUGAAAUCAUUUUGUGAAGUUCAAACCUCCUCAAGGAUCAGUAUUUUCCUGGCUGUGAAGGAUAUUUUAUAAUGGACCCUUACUCCUUGAGUGUUGAACGCGAAGCGUCGAAGAACAUAGAAGAGAAUGAGAGAGAAUGCUUCAAGGAUGCAAUCGUCUCCAGCAGAAGUCUGAACAAAGGCUUUGUCGAGCCCACACGUCUGAAAAAUGCAAUUCCCGAGAUCACAGCCUGUGUACUCACUGCAACAUUUCACAUCGCUGUCGGCCUCAGCAUGGCAUAUUCCGCCAUUUUAAUUCCUAAAAUAGAAAUUAAUAAUAACACCCUCAUCGAGCCUAACAGCACCGAACUGUGGGCUACUAAGGGUGAAACUUCCUGGAUAGCAAGUGUCGUUGUAAUUGCGGCACCCCUGGGCUCCCUCCUGGGUGGUUUCCUAAUGGAAACAGUGGGACGUCUUCGCACAUUGCAAAUUGGCACGAUACCCAGUGUCAUCGGAUGGAUCCUAAUAGCCACAGCAACAAAUGUUCCCAUGAUCCUAGUGGGUAGAAUUCUUUCGGGAAUGUCAACAGCCAUGGGCACCUCCCCGGCGAUCGUGUACAUAACGGAAGUGGCGAGACCCGAGUUACGAGGCUGCCUGAUGUCAUUUGGACCCACCCUGGCAUCACUGGGAAUGGUACUCGUCUAUCUCAAGGGUACAUUCCUCGACUGGCGUCUUGUUGCCUGGUUGAGCAUUAUUUACGCUGUUGUACCAGUAUUUAUCAUUCAAUUGUUCGUUCCUGAAUCCCCUGUGUGGCUGAUUGCCAAGGGACGGACUGAUGAAGCCAAAAAAGUAUUAGAAUGGCUGUACAAGUCUGACGUUCAAUAUGGAAAGAUCCCUGCUGCUGAGCAGCAUUUCACCACGAUAACGAAGGAGAAUGAGAUUAAAUUGAGCGAACAGAGGAGGAGCAAACACAGCGGUGCUGGCAGCAAAGUCAGGGCUUUCUUCAAGCCAACUGGCUGGAAACCAUUGCUCAUUCUCUUUCUACUAUUUUUAUUCCAACAAUUCUCGGGGAUUUAUAUCACGUUGUUUUACGCUGUCACGUGGUUUGUGGAAGCCGGAGCUAAAAUCGACCCCUACACCUGCUCAACCUUCGUAGGUCUCACCAGAUUCUUCUGCUCUAUGGUGAACACCUGGUUACUGAGACGGUACAAGAGACGAGUCCUAUGCAUCAUCUCAGCCCUGGGGAUGGCCCUCUGUAUGGGCAUCUCCGGGUACUUUACGCUUCUUAUUAAGACAGAUAAGCGAGUGGAUGACCCACGUGCAAUAGCACCUGUCAUAUGUCUCCUACUUUACGUUUGCACUUCAAUGAUUGGAAUGCUGACAAUUCCGUGGACAAUGACGGCCGAAUUAUUUCCGACGGAAAUCCGGGGGAUUGCCCAGUCAAUCAGUUACGCAAUGGCCAAUAUACUUAUGUUUGCUGCUGUUCAGAGCUUCAGAAGUCUCACCGAUUUUCUAGGGGGAUCGUAUGCGAUCCAGUGGUUCUUCGCAGGUGUUUCCGUGGGCGCAGCAAUUUUCGUUUGGCUUCUGCUGCCAGAAACUCAUGGAAAGAAAUUAUCCGAGAUCGAGGAGUACUUCCACACAAAUUUCGUAGCAGCAGGAGCUGAUGCCAAGGCGAAAAAACGCCGCGCCCGAAAACGAGCCCAAGAAAAAGCCAAGAAUCAAGCUUCUGCCCCAUUGAAUCCCAAAGGUGCUGAACACGUUUAAAAAAUUAUAUUAAAAAAAAUGAAAUUCUUUUCAAACACAAGAAAGUAUGAUAGCAAGUACUUAUGGUUCAUUCUGUCCUGAAAAAAUAAUCAACUACCUUCGUUAUUUCUCAAAACACUUUUUUCAUUAAGUUUUCGUAGAUAGAGGCAAUAAUGAAAAUUUGACGAGAGGAUGACGUUUGAGGAAAAGCAUUCGACCAACAUUUCGAAUGCUUCCCAAAGACAAUUGAUUAUAAUUCGUCCGUGAAGUGGCCUUCCUUAGAACAAAAAUUAAUAAUUCCUAUAAAUUUUGUUAUGAAAUAAUUUACGUAGAACAAUUAAAGAAUUCUUUUUUUUUUCAUUCUAUGACUACGAUCUCCACAAUUUUUUGUAUCUUAUUUAUCUGAAUUUUUAUACUGAAAAAUUGCGUGAACUUUGAAAAAAUUGAACAAUGUAUUGUGUCUCCGACUUUGGUGAAUUAUUCAACAUUAACAAAAAAAUUUUGACGGAUGUAUUAUCAGACAAUAUUACAGUGAUUAUGUCAAUCGAGUAAUAAAAAUGCUUUAUGGAUUUUUAAAAAAGAA